CUAUUUUCGCAGUCUUCUCCCUCCCCUAACCGCCCUCUCUCUCUAUAAAAAUCCCCCCUUUCCCUCCCUUACUGACACUCUCACCCUCCAGAGAAGAAGCAUGUCGAGUCGCCGGAGCAGGAUAACUGAAGCAGAGAUCAAUGAGCUCAUCUCCAAGCUCCAAUCUCUCCUCCCUGAGUCCCGGCGGCGAUCCGUCGGCAGGGUCUCCGCAUCCAAGCUUCUCAAGGAAACCUGCAAUUACAUCAAAAACUUACACCAAGAAAUCGACGAUUUAAGCGAACGGCUGUCGGGGCUGAUCAACAAUAUGGACGGCGAGAGCGCAGAGGCUGAGAUUGUCCGAAGCCUCCUGCGGUCAUAAGCUGCAUCUGUGAUUGGUUUAUAUAUAUAUAUAU